AUGAGACAAAGCUUUGUAAUCCUGCUUUGCCUUGGAAUGAUUAUAACUGGGUGUAUAAAUUCGAUUGCUACUAAGUACCAGGAUAAGCAAUGUGUGCGAAACUGUUUAACUGACUCCCCCGAACUUCUACAGCAACCUGUUUUGCAAACGGUGCAGAUGUUUUUGGGGGAGGCAUCUGCACUAUUUGCAUUCUAUCUACUUGGUGCACGUCCAUCGACUAGUGUGACUAAAUUUCUUCUUCAAAAUAAAAACACUGUUCUUCUAUCAAUUCCUGCAGUAUGUGAUAUUUGUGGUACUACAAUGAUGCAUUUAGCACUAACGCUAGUGCCUGUGUCUAUUUAUCAGAUGGUUAGAGGCUCACUGGUUAUCGUAGUUGCUACAUUCAGUGUUGUGUUUCUAAACAAAAAGUUAACCCGUGGGGAAUGGCUUUCAUUGUAUACUGUGAUGUUUGGAAUUGGGAUUGUUGGGCUCACCGGAUUUGAUGAUUGGAAUUCGGAUAAACCAGCAGCUAAUACUUUAUUAGGGAUUACACUCAUUCUGGUAGCUCAGUUAUUUAUGGCCGCGCAAUAUGUUAUUGAAGAACAUUUAAUCUCUAGAUACCCAUUUGAUUCGUUAGAGGUUGUUGGUUUUGAAGGUUUAUUUGGUGGUGCUAUCACUUUAUUCUUUCUACUCUUGGGUACUUUUACAAUUGCUUGGAAAGAUCCAAGCUCACCUUUAAAUUUGUUUCAAGGUUUAAAGGAUGUGAGUUAUUCAGGAAAUCUAAUGGUCUCUUCAUUUACCAUUAUGAUAUCAAUUGCAUUUUACAACUUCUUUGGAAUUGCUAUUACCAACCAUAUGAAUGCCACUUCCAGAAGCACUAUCGAUACAAGUAGAACGCUCCUGGUAUGGUUAGUAUCCCUAAUAUUAGGCUGGGAACGUUUCAGCUUUUUGCAAUUGAUCGGUUUUGCCCUUUCGGUGGUAGGAACUUUGAUAUUUAACGGUGCUAUUUCAUUUGCGAACUAUCAGGUACCCCAGCGGCAGCACGAUUAUUAUGGCUAUGAAGAGUUGCCAAAUGAUAGGUCCUGA